AAUCUGUAAUAUUGUUGUCUAUGUAUGGUUUAUGUCUAAUGCCUGAUGUCUAUACCUACUUUGUGUCAAGAAGUGAAAGUAUUUUUUUUUUUGUAAAUCUGAAGUCAUUUAUUUAAGCUAAAUAUCUAUUAAUUAUUAAAAUAAUUUUCAAAGUAACAAAUACCAGAACUGUCGAUAUGACGACGAUUAGGCCUUUUACGUGUGAAGACAUGUUAUAUUUUAACAACGUGAAUCUUGAUCCCUUAACAGAAACAUAUGGUCUGUCUUUCUAUACACAAUAUUUGGCACACUGGCCUGAAUUUUUCCUUGUCGCUGAAUCGCCAAGUGGAGAAAUAAUGGGAUACAUCAUGGGUAAAGCUGAAGGUCAUGGUGAGAACUGGCAUGGUCAUGUUACAGCUUUAACGGUUAGCCCUGAUUAUAGACGAUUGGGCUUAGCAGCUACUUUAAUGAAUAUUUUGGAAGAAGUCUCUGAAAAGAAAAAAGCUUAUUUUGUUGACCUGUUUGUGAGAGUAAGCAAUAAAGUAGCAAUAAAUAUGUACAAAAACUUGGGAUAUAUAGUGUAUAGAACUGUGUUAGAAUACUAUUCAGGAGAUCCUGAUGAAGAUGCUUAUGAUAUGCGAAAAGCAUGUUCAAGAGAUAUCAAUAAAAAAUCAGUUAUACCUCUGACACAUCCAGUUCGUCCUGAAGAUGUUGAUUGAUUUCUUUAAAAACAUAUAAAAAAUAAAUAUUUUGUUUAAAUUUUA